AUGGGUCGCGCUUCCUCCGCGCAGUACGUUUCAUCAAGCCAUGAGUUUCUCGAUGAAUCACAUGAGAUACGCUCUCAGUAUGCAGAAGAUGGGUUCAGUGGACCGCCUACCCCACCGAACCAUUCACCGGAUCAACACUCUUCCUGUGCUAUCACUCAGCAGUCGCCCUCGGUUACUAGUCCAGCAGAUGGUCUGACCGUUCUAUCCUUGCUCAACUCUGAACCGAGGGUGCCUCCACAAAGCUAUAGUGCACCACCAGCACCUACAUCCUACAGCCUGCCGGUCUCACCUCGCGUUACGGAUCCAGAUGAAUCGGGCAACUUUACCUACCAGCCACCACCAGGCGCACGAGUGCUUUGGCCACUGGAGAGUGAACAAGAAGCCAUGCUCUUGCAACAUUACGUCGACAAUAUUGCUUUAUUUUUUGACAUGGUGGACAACCGAUGUCACUUCGGCGUGCACGUUGUCCAGCGCGCUAAGACCAACAACACUUUGAUGAAUGCAAUUCUUGCACUAUCUGCGCGACAACUGAGUCGAAUUAGCGACUUCGAUCCAUACGUUGCCGAUGCUUACUAUCAGCGCUGUUUCGAGACACUGAUCCCAGCGCUUAACGACAACAUUGCCAUCCGCGACGAGUCGCUCCUUGCCGCAACCAUCAUACUAAGACUCAUGGAAGAGAUGAACAUCUCCAUCAUCGGCUCGGACCCGCAAGGUCAUCUCUUUGGCACACAGGCCAUCAUUCGUGCAGCUGAGCAGUCGUAUGUCGGCACCACUGGACCUAACUUCCGCCAAGCGAUUUACUGGGCCGCUUUUCGUCAAGAGCUAUGGAUAUCGCUUAUGACACAGCGAGCCUUCCAACUGCAUAUCUUUCCUGCAGACCGCUCAAUGGGUCCCGCAGACGACUCUAUCUGGGCUACACGAACGAUUGCACAUCUCGGGGAUGUGUGCAACUUCGCUUUUGGUGAAGAUAGGCACAGUGUGCUACGGUAUAGUCAGUUGAUGGACGAGAAUAAAGUAUGGAGAACACAACGGCCUGAUAGUUUUGAACCACUUUUCUGGCGACAGGAUAGAGACGGAAGUGGGAGAAUGUUCCCUGAUAUCAGGUAUCAUCAGAAGACGCACGUAAUGGGGAACCAAUACAAUACCCUUGCGCAUAUGCUCCUUGUUGUGCACGACCCUACAAUACCACAGCUAGGGCCCUCGCACAAGCAGUCACGCGCAGUUGUUGAUAGAAUGGUCCAAGAAGACGUCCGUACCUUAUGCGGUGUGGCGCUAUCGAACCUGAAAGUGUUUCCUUGCAUUUUCGUCGCUUGCUUUGCGAUCGCGCUGGUCGGCGAUCGAUUCGCCGCGCGAGAUGAUCAGGAGCAACUCCGCGACCUGUGGUUUGCCUGUGAGCGCUCGCACGGCUUCCCUCCCACUACAAGUAUACGGCAGCUCGAAGAGUCGUGGGGAUGGCCCAGUACAUGA